AUGGUGGGUAUGAGUCUACUCAGGUCUGUCGCUGCAAUUGCAGCCAGACUGACUCCGGUGAAAUCAGGAAAUGCGGCGACAAAUUUACUUGUUCGUACAAUACCGCGUACGGAAAAAGUGGCUGUCCGUUGGGGUCAUGGAAAGAAAAUGUUUGUCAUCAAACCAACUGAGUUCUAUGACAAACGAUUUCUUCGCCUGUUGCAAUUCUACAUCCUUCUGACUGGAAUUCCAGUGGCUAUAAUUGUCACGUCUGUGAAUCUAUUCAUUGGUGAAGCGGAGCUGGUAGAAACUCCCGAGGGAUAUGAACCUGAGCACUGGGAGUACUACAAGCACCCCAUCACUAGGUGGAUUACCAGAAAUGUAUUUGAUUCUCCAGUGAAGGACUACGAAAAGAUGAUGGCUGCGAUCCAAAUAGAAAAAGAGAAGGCAGACAUGAGGCUGGCACAGCUGGAGGUGCGCCGACACAUGCGCCGGAGAGGAGACGGCCCCUGGUUUCAGAUAGAGACUCUCGACAAGAACCUAAUUGACUCCAGCCCUAAAGCAACACCUGAUAACUGA